AUUUCAAAUACAGCAUUCAGUGUUUUUUGUUCGUGAAUUUAUAAUAAUUUAUUAAUAAAAUGUUUUUCAAAGUUUGUAUUUUCGUUAUCCUGUGCUGUUUUAGUAUAAAAAAUGUUGAUUUAAAACAAGCACAUCAUAUUCAAAAACGAUUUCUAAUGAAUGGUAUCAAAGAAUUUUUAAAAACAAAAUCAAAUGAUUUAAUUAGUCAGCAAAAUGGUACGUAUGCAUCGCAUACACCCACCGAUGUUUUUGAACAUUUAAAUCGCAUGAAAACAACUUUAAUCCUACACGGAAAAAAAUCAACACAUUUUGAAAAAAUCACAACACAGCGUACAAUUAAUGAUACAAUUUUGGAAUUUGACAAUUAUGUACAAGAAAUGUUAUAUGAUAAACCAAUCAAGUUUCAGCGACGGCUACGUAAUUGUACACGACAAUUACGUCAUAUUACAUUUAAUACAGGUGAAAAAUAUUUGAAACAUUGUACACAAACGUAUAACAAAUUAAUCUUGUAUAGUAUUGAAAGUACACUGAACACAAUUGCGGCGGAGAAAAAUAAGAAAAUUUUAUAUGAUAUAGAAAAUAUUGUUACGUGUACGAAAAGCUUUGAAUUGAAUCCUCUUGUAAUGACAAAUAUUUAUGAAUUAUCGAGUAAUUGUCGUGAUACAGCAUUGGCUACAAUUUCUGCAGUCAUUUUAAAUGCUCAUGGAACUUUAUUAACAGCCAAUGAAACAACAUCAAAAGCAAUAGAUGUUUUACGAAAUUGUUCUAAAGAUUACAAAAAUAAUAAUUUAAUUCUAUGUAUUGAAGAACAUUCCAUUCAGUUACAUAAUCGUAUUAUCGAAAUUGGAACAAAAGUAUUACAGAAAAGUAUUGAAGGUUCACAAAUUAUAGUUGAACAAGGUUCAAUCUAUUCGCAAUGUAUGGAUGAAAUAAAUCCAAAAAUUGAUACAUAUUUGCGAAAUGAACACGAUUUUAAUAUGACAACAAAUUGUGCACCAUUUUUGAUGACAUAUGAAAAUUAUUUGACCUAAUUUUCUUCGAUAAGAUAAUGUAAACAAAGUUGA